CUUACCUCUGUCUCCUGUAUUUGCCAUGGCCAUCAAGCGCACCAUGCAGCUCCUCAUCCCAUCCUUGUUCCUCUUCUCCCUAGCCCUUGCCGUCACCGGCACCGAGUCAUCAUCGUCGUCGGCAACGGCGACAGCAACGAAGACGACAACACACCUCCGUUUCUACAUGCACGAUGUCAUCACGGCCACGCCACCAUCAUACCCGGUGGCGACGGCAGUGCAAGUCAUCAAUGGCACGGUGCCGCUGCCCAACGACCCCACGACGCACUUCGGCGACAUGUUCGCCAUCGACGACCUGCUGACGGCGGGGCCCGACCCCACGGCGCCGUCCGCCGAGGUCGGCAGGGCGCAGGGGUUCUUCCAGUUCGCGUCGCUCACGGAGUACGCGCUGCUGCUCAGCGCCAACUUCGUGUUCACGGCGGGCUCCGGGAAACACAACAGGAGCACCGUGGCCGUGCUCGCCAGGGACGUCAUUUUUGACGAUGUUAGGGAGCUGCCGGUUGUCGGGGGCACCGGCGGGUUCCGUGGAGCCACUGGGUAUGGCCUGAUGCGGACGCACUCCAUUGACACCGUUGGGAAGAACGCCGUGCUGCUGAUUGACUUGUACCUGGAUGUGUAGCAAGCAGUGUGUAGGGCACGACAAGCAUUUGCAGAAUCUUAACUUCUUUUUUCAUGCAAGUUGCUCUGUUGCUCUGCGCUUUUUUAACUGUGCGUCUCGUUCUAUGGCCAUCGAUGUCUUCAACAGGUCAGCGCUUCCAGGUUCACGCGUUUAAUUAGUGUGUGUUCUUGCAUGAUUCAUGAAGAGAAAAAUGUAACGAGUGCACUGGUACAACAUAUUGACCUUGUUUUGUUUA